GGACCUAAUGGUGAGGAAACAUUAUUAAUGGACCUAACCGUCAAUUUUUCAAAAUUUAAAGGGGUCAAAAGAACCAGUCUAGGACUUAGAAACCUUCUCCCUUGCAGAAAAGCCACCGGAUCUGCUGUCUUCUCCUCCUCUGCCGCCGGCUGCUACUGGGCUGAACUCCGGUUUUUCCUGCAAACCCGUGGAAGCUCCCCUGCAUUUUUCCCGCCUGCUCCUCCCAUACUCGCCAGCUCCAGCUUUGCUUGCUCAGGAUUUCUGGUCCCUGAUUGUUCGGUGACCCUAGUACUUGGAAUAAGCCUUCUAUCCUGUGCAAUUAAGGUGAGACCCGACGCGUGGGAAGCCCAGGGGAGUGACGAGCUAGACGGCUAGGCAUUUUUUUGGAUUUAGUUUUGUAGCUAGGCCGCUAGUCACCCAUGCUGACUUGGAAAUUUUUGUGUACAAAAGUCCCUUAGUUAUAGUCAUGACUGUGUAAAUGAAGUUAUAAAUCCUUG